GGAAGCCCAGAGCUCAAGCUUUCAAAAAGUUGCAGGGAAAAUUGGAGACCACUUCAGCAGCAGCAGCAGCCACAGCAGCCCCGAAGCAAGAGAACCCCAGGCCAGGCUCCCGUCCACUGGCAGCAGAACCACCAGCAUGUCCACUGCUCAUUUCAACCGGGGCCCCGCUUACGGACUGUCCGCCGAGGUCAAGAAUAAGCUGGCCCAGAAGUACGACCCCCAGAGGGAGCAGGAGCUGCGGACAUGGAUCGAGGAGAUCACUGGAAGGCGCAUCGGGCCCAACUUCAUGGAUGGUCUCAAGGAUGGAAUCAUCCUCUGCGAGUUUAUCAAUAAGCUGCAGCCGGGCUCGGUGCGGAAGGUGAACGAGUCCACCCAGAACUGGCACCAGCUGGAAAACAUCGGCAACUUCAUCAAAGCCAUCACCAAGUACGGGGUGAAGCCGCACGACAUCUUCGAAGCCAACGACCUGUUUGAGAACACCAACCACACGCAGGUGCAGUCCACCCUCAUUGCCCUGGCCAGCGUGGCCAAGACCAAAGGGAACAAGGUGAACGUGGGAGUGAAGUACGCUGAGAAGCAGGAGAGGAAGUUUCAGCCGGAGAAGCUGAAGGAGGGGCGGAACAUCAUAGGGCUGCAGAUGGGCACCAACAAGUUUGCCAGCCAGCAAGGGAUGACAGCGUACGGCACCCGCCGCCACCUCUAUGACCCCAAGCUGGGCACCGACCAGCCCUUGGACCAGGCCACCAUCAGUCUGCAGAUGGGCACCAACAAGGGGGCCAGCCAGGCGGGCAUGACGGCCCCCGGGACCAAGCGGCAGAUCUUUGAGCCCACGCUGGGCAUGGAGCACUGUGACACACUCAACGUCAGUCUGCAGAUGGGCAGCAACAAGGGGGCGUCCCAGCGCGGCAUGACGGUGUACGGCCUGCCCCGCCAGGUCUACGACCCCAAAUACUGCCUGACCCCCGAGUACCCGGAGCUGGAAGAGCCCACUCACAAUCAUCACUCACACAACUACUACAACUCUGCGUAGGGGGCAAGCCCCCCCCAGGGAGUCAGCAGCUGCUCUAGGGGCCUGCAGAAUGGCCGGGCCCAGCCUGCCUUACCACCAUGCCUCAGGGGUCUGGGGACUUCAGGGUUGGGGGAGCGAGCUGCGGGAGCCGGGAGAAGGGGGAGAGGAGAGAGAAGGAAGGAGGCUCUUUCCUCCUUCCCCUUCCCUAGACCCUGCCCCAAAACCUCACCCUGAGCCUGCUGCAUUCUUGGGUCUGCUUUCCACCCUGCCUCCUGCUCAAGGGCUAAGGCCCCCAUUUUCCCCAGAGGUCAGCGUAGGAGUAAGGUCUCUUCCUAGGGAUGGAGGUGAAACCUCAAAUACACCAGAUACAAUAAGGCUGGACAAUACCCCCAACAGAAAAGCCUCAAGAAACCCAAACUACUGAGUGAAGAUGAAAUUGCUCUGUCUCCCUUGCCCUGAGGAGCCCCGUUCUUGUCCCAUCCUGACAGCCCUGACCCCAAAGCCAAUUUGUCUCGGACUCUUCCCUUCCCAACCCCAGCGCAGUGAGCACCAACUGCAUGACAAAAGGCCAAGCGGACACACUCGGUUUUGCAUUUUUGCAUUGACUGGCAUUCCUGAAGGCGUUUGUUAAGUGAGCACUUUCUUUUUUAACAUUUCACUGGAGCACAAUAAAAAUCUACAAAAACCA